AUGGUCGACGUCCGGUCCAAGCCCCCCGCUCGGGCUGUCGACCGUCCUAUUGCCCGCCAUGGCAAGCGUGAUGCUCCCGCCGAGCCCACCAACCAGCCCCGCCUGACGGAAUCCAACGCUCGCCGUGGUGCCCGUACGACUGGCAACGAGGCCGCUUUCCGUGAUCGCAACGCCGGCCGGAACAACAACCGCGAGAAGCCGACUGACGAGGCUCAGCCCCCGCGCCGUGGUGAGCGCAGCGGCCGCGGUCGUGGCGACCGCCAGUCCCGCUCCGGACAGACUGACACCCACAAGAAGGUGGAGCAGGGCUGGGGCGCCGACAACGGCGAAAAGGCCUGGACUGACGAGCGGAUCGGCGAGAACAUCGCCAAGGAGGACGAGAAUGAGCCCCAGACCCCCGCCGACGAGGAGGCCAAGGAACUGGCCGACAAGUCCAUGUCGUACACCGACUACCUGGCCGAGCAGGCUCAGAAGGACUCUCUGGCCGCCAAACCCGUGCGUGCUGCCAACGAGGGCACCAAGACCGACUCCAAGUGGGCUGCCGCCAAGGAGCUGAAGCGCACCGAGGAGGAGGACGCCUACAUCCAGGGCAGCUCCGAGAAGGCCAAGCGCGAGAAGCAGCGCAAGGAGAAGAACUUCCUCGAUGUCGACAUGCGUUUCGUCGAGCAGCCGUCCAGUGGUCCCCGUGGUGGUGGCCGUGGCGGUGCCCGUGGUGGUGACCGUGGUGACCGUGCUCCCCGUGGUGACCGCGGUGACCGUGCGCCCCGUGGUGACCGCGGUGGCCGUGGCGGUGCCCCUCGCGGCGAUCGUGGUGCCCCCCGCGGCGGUGCUGCUCCUCGUGGAGGUGAUCGUGGCCGUGGCGGACCCCGCGGCGGCGCUGCUCCUCGCGGUGGCGCUCGCGGCCCUGCCGGCCCUACCGUCGACGAGAAGAACUUCCCCAGCCUCGGCGGCAAAUAG